UGGAAUAAAAUCCAGAUGAAUUGAUGCCCAUUAUCACAGAAUAUAACUUUCUGACAUGUAGGAAAAAGGAAUUUUAGGAUGAUGGACAAUCACUUAUUAGGGACAAUUACAUUCCACAUCCACAUGCAGUACCCAACAUCAUGAAUUAUAUUAUUUGACUGUAUGCUAAAACUAUAUUCUAUACAUAAAGGUUUAGAUUAAUAAAUCACAUUUAAAGGUUGUGUGCUAUAAGAAGAGUGUUUCAUGGAAGACAUGAAUAUCAUUAGGAGAUGGGAUCAAGUUGGUCACAAGAUGAGAGUUCACAGCUAAGUGAAAAACCUGGCGAGACUCUGUCACAGACCCUUGACAUCAAUACAAAGGCAAAGGAGACAAUUCAAGCAAAACAGCUCCCACACAACUAUGCAGCCAUUAUGAAAGAUGCAGACUCGCCAAUCAAUGAGUCCUCCAUCGAAAAGCUGAAUGAUCAGCUCUAUGCUGGAGUGCUUUUAAAUGGGAAUAGGAAGAAAUUUUGGAUGGAAAAGAAGUUCAACAACUGCUUCAUGAUUUUUGCAAGGAAUCUCUCAAUCACUUGGGCUGAAGAUUCUCGUUACUGGCACUGGCUUAAGAUAAAGGAAACAAGUGAUGUGUUUGUUGAUGUAGCUGAACUUAUAAAUGUUUGCUGGCUCGAAGUGCAUGGAAAAUUUGAGACAGCAAAGCUCUCACCUGGAAUUAUGUACAAGGUUGCAUUUGUGGUGAUGAUGAAGGAUCCUGCCUAUGGAUGGGGAGUCCCAGUGAACCUCAAACUUGCUCUCCCAGAUGGAAACACACAAGAACAUAAAGAAAAUUUAAGGGAAAAGCCAAAGGGACAAUGGAUAGAAAUCCCAGUAGGGCAAUUCCAGACAUCAGCAGAAAACAUUGGAGAGAUUGAGUUCUCUCUGUUUGAAUACGAAGGUGGGGAUUGGAAAAGUGGACUCGUUGUAAAAGGUGUUAUCAUUCAACCAAAAAAUUAAGUUUAAACUGUCCAGAAAUUUUUAUCUAAUUUCCAAACAUUUCUUUUUCUUCCUUUUUUUUUCAGUUUUCUAUUGAUUUUGCCAUAGAAGUGCUCAGAAAAAAUGUGGUGAAUAACAAACUCAGUCCACUGAGAAUGUUUCAUAUUUUAAUAGGAAA